AUGCACAACUUUACCAUCCACAGCUUGGACAUUCCUCUCAACAUCAAUGACACAGCAACUUGCCUAUUGAAGUCUUAUGGUGUUGGAUUCUACAUCUCCUCAUCUCCCUCCAACAUUGCCAAUGCCAUCACCUCACUUGAGUCACACUCCACCCUCCAGGUCUUCCACCUACUCCACUUCUACCCCAACUUACUCCAGCUCCAUGCCCACCUCUCAUCAGUGGCUUCAAUGUUCUCAUCUUCAGCCACAAGAGGGUUAACAUGUCCACCAUCUGGCAUCCUCUGGCCAGCAACACCAUCCCUGAACCCUUCUGCUAUCUGCACCACAUCCCCAUCCCACACCCAACACAUGAGUCAGAUCUCACAGCCAUCACUUCCUUCCUACAAGGCCUAA